AUGUCGACUCCUACCAGUCCCACAGCUACCCUCCCCACUCGUUCCUCGACCAUCCGCAGCACCACUACCGAGACGGCCACCCGUCGGACGUCCGUGAGUGACGAUGAGGCGAUCCCGGAUUCGGACAGCAGUGAGACGACAAACCUGCUCGUCGAACGUCUCCGGGCUUGGAAGCACAUGUGCGGAUACUUGGAGGACUAUAUUAGUGUGACGGCCAAGGUGCAGAAGUCGCAGUCGAAGGACUAUGAGAAGAUCCUCAAGUCUGUCAACGACCCCUUGAAAGAGGGACAUCAUUUCUCUCAGAGCACCGGCGGUAUCGCGAGUCUGUUCGAAAACAUCCGGUCCAACACUCAGGGAAUUGUGAAUAUGCACCUGGACACCGAGAAGAACCUCAAGGGCUCCGUGCUUCCCGUUCUCGAGCGUCUGCAUAAGGAAAUCAAGGCCAAGGGAAAGGAGGUGCAGAGCGGUGCCUCCAAGGGUGCCAAGGCCGUCGACAAGGCUCGUAGUGUCACCCAGAAGCAUAUCGAGCUGCUGGCCCAGCAGGUGGCAUCUUUCGAUGCGGCGGCCGGAAACAAGAUUGAGCAUUCUCAUGAUCCCUACAUGUUGCGUCGGGGUGUCAACCACCGCCUGAACAAACAGGUCAUCGAGGAGAACAACAACCGCCAGGACAUCAUCGCAGUGCAAAACAAUUUCCAGCAGUUCGAAGCACACGUCAUCCAGACCGCCCAGGGCGCUCUCGAGCAGUUUUUCACAUUCAUGGGCGGCCAGCUCGACCGCCAGAAGAACAUGUACGCCGACAUCUUGGGCUCCGCCCAGCGCGUACCCCCCGACUUCGAAUGGGUCAACUUCAUGACCCGCAACGACCACGUCCUCGUCAACCCCGACGCCCCUCCCCGCUCCCUCUCCAACAUCACCUUCCCCAACCAAGAUCACCGCGCCACCAAAGCGCUCAUCGAGGGCUCCCUCGAACGCAAGUCCCGCGCCAUGAUCAAGGGCUACAACUCAGGCUACUAUGUCGUGUCUCCAGCACGCUACCUGCACGAAUUUAAAGACGACGACGACUUCCGCCGCGACCCCGCCCCCGAACUCUCCCUCUACCUUCCCGACUGCAUCAUCGGCGCCAUCGACGGCAGCAAGUUCAGCGUCAAGGGCAAAGACGUCUCCGGCAGCAAGGUCGGAAACGCCUUCCACACCACCACCGAACUCCAAUUCAAAGCCCACACCCCCUCCGACGCUGAGAAAUGGUGGACCGUCAUCAAGGACGCUACCCGCGGCCCUACCCACGUCAACACCUCCGCCAGCGCAGCCAGCACCCCUGCUUCCCCCGCCGUAACAACACCCGCCACCCCCGCUGCUGAGGGCAGCGCCGCUGCUACUCCUGCAGAGAACCACCCGCCCGCCUACAGCGAGAAGAACGGCGAGCAAGCCGGUGCUGCUGCCGCUGAUACUCCCUCGCUCGACACCAAGGCUGCUACGGAGUCUCAGGCUCCUGCUCAGACGCCCACCUCGCCGGCUCCUACUACAGGCUCUGGUAAUGGACAUUUCCACAUGGGUCCUGGAGGUAGCGCUGUUGGAGAGGGUGAGAAGAAGGCUUAA